AUGGGUGUUCAUCUUACCAGUAAUGAUUCGUUUAUUAAAUUCACGAAAUCCGAUCACACACAUAUGCCUGUUCCUGAAAAGCUAGAAAUUCGGAGGGUGUUAGCAGAUGUGAAAAAUCGUAUUAAUCGUGAAACAACUGCCGUUGGUAAAAUUUACACAGAAGAAGUUUCUCGAGCUAAUCUUUCCACUACUGCACUGGCUAUGGCGAAUACAGCUAAACAAGCGAAUCGUGGUUUAGAUAAACUUCGUCGAAAAAAUACACCUAUUCUCCCAUCAUCAUUGAAUUUUGAUAUUCCUUCACGAUAUAAGAAAACAAUUGAUGGACGACGUUAUUUGCUCGCUGAUAAAGUUCAACAUGUUGAUAAAGAUGUUUAUAAAGACGUUGAAAAACGUAUUCUAGUUUAUUCAACUGACGAACAACUUGGUCUUCUUUUUGCAUCACCACAUGUUAUGAUGGACGGUACAUUCGCCAGUUGCCCAUCGCAUUUUGAUCAAGUAUAUUCGAUACAUUCUAUGAAAGAUAAUCAAAGUCAUCUUUGCGUUAUUGCUCUUCUUUGUGGCCGGUCCAGUAUCAUUUAUAAAGAAUUGUUUUCAAUUCUGUUUCAUCAUGCGCACCGUCUUCAAAUGAGAUUUCAUCCCACAGCAAUAACAACUGAUUUUGAAUCAGCUAUGACUAAAACGAUAGCUGAAGAAUUUCCAAAUGUACGACACAUAGGAUGUCAUUUCCAUUUUACCAAUUCAAUUAUCAGACAAAUUCAGUGUCUUAAUUUAACCACUGUGUAUCGUAACGACGAACACGCACGUUCCACUGCACGUCAAUUAAUGACGCUUCCAUUUAUUCCUCUUGAUCACACACAAUAUAUCUUUGAUAAAAUCGUUGAUGCAGCGCCCCGUGUGAUGAAACCAUUAAUCGAUUAUUUUGAAAACUAUUGGAUCAGAAAGAUGCGUUGGAGUUUAUGGAAUGUCUGUGGAGUGGAACAUCGUACUAAUAAUCAUGUGGAGGGCUGGAAUCAUCGGUUCAAUCGCUUGGUAUCAAAAUUCCACCCGAACGUAUGGCAUUUAUUCCAGUGCUUUCGCACUGAAGAAGUUUCUGUUCGUCAAGCUAUACUGAAGCUGAGUAUGGGAGAGAAGAAACAAAUCAACAAGAAAACCGCUGAUUUUCAACAGCGACUUAAUGUACUUCAAUCUCAAUUUGAUGACAAAGUGAUAACAGUUGACGAGCUCUUCGAAGGACUAACACUAUUGGUCGCAACGAAAACUUAA